ACUGCAACCGUGUUGCAAAUAUUCUUGCUGGCUAUGGUGUUCUAUCCUGACGUCCAAACCUGGGCUCGUGCUGAAAUUGAUCAAGUUGUGAGGCAUGAUAAAAUGCCGUGCCUUGAUGACAGGGCAUUGCUGCCCUACCUUGAUGCCAUCCUACGUGAGGUCUUGAGAUGGUAUCCUAUCUUACCCCUAGGU